CGCCAUUCCACUUGUGCGUCAAAAAUCUGUCACUUUGUUGUCACAAACGUCAUUUACGUGGCCCCCAUGUAUUUUAUUUGUUAUUGAAAAAGUACAUCUGGUUUUUCCCAAAAAUCGAAAUGGGGCUUUGCAAAUGCCCAAAACGUCGCGUCACAAACCAAUUUUGCUUCGAACAUCGAGUCUGUGUUUGUGAAAAUUGUAUGGUCACAAACCACCCAAUUUGCGUGGUCCAGUCCUAUUUGCAGUGGUUACAAGACAGCGACUACAACUCAAUAUGCGAGUUGUGUAGCAAAGAACUGAACGUGGAGGACAGUAUUAGACUAACUUGUUACCAUGUGUUUCACUGGUCGUGUUUGGAUCAUUUUUCACGUCAGCUGCCGCCUACGACAGCCCCCCGAGGGUAUACUUGCCCUUCGUGCAAGAGCCCACUGUUUCCUCCUUCAAACUUAAUCAGCCCUGUUGCUGAUGUCUUGAAGGAGAAGUUGGCGGGGGUUAACUGGGCCAGGGCGGGUUUGGGGCUCCCAUUGUUGUCUGAAGAGAGGGAAGUGAAGGCUGUGGUCAAUCACACGUCGUCUGUAUCAACGAGUAAGUCUCCGAAUCCGUCGCACUCCGUUGUGAAUGUGGAGGAUCAAGGGGCUUUCAGUAGGACAGGGGCUGAGGCAUAUCAGGCGUCUUCAAACAGGCGAAUUUUCCAAGAUGUGAGGGAGGUCAAACCGGUGGUUUUUGACCAUGAUGAAGACAAGUAUAAGAGGAGGCCUGCAAGCGAAUUAAUGAAGACUUGGUGGAGGAUAACCUUUGGAGGGCCCUCAAAAGUGAGAGGUGGGAAAUCUAUUUAUAAGAAGUAUUGCAUGUUGGGGAUUAUCCUUGUGCUGGGAAUCGUCGUUCUUAUGUUGAUUAUGUCGCGGUUAGGGAGGUAUAGCACCGAUAAUGAUCCCAAUUUUGAUAUAAGGAAUAAUCCCAAUAUCCAUGUUCAACACAUGCAAGCUCUUGAUUGAUUGUGAAUAUUUUUCUAUUCUCUACGCUCUAUUUACAGUUAUAAUUUGUACAUAUUGGAAUUAAUAAAUGAUUAAACAAG